AAAUGAGAGGUGUUUCCCAGUCGCUGUGGAUCAGCGCUCUGGCUAUCCUCAGCAUCAACGACAGUGUAAACGCCCACGCUAAAUGCACGACGCUCGAGCCGCCGACGCUGAACGAUGGAACUCAUCACGCUUCGAAUGAAUCAUUGCUAUGGGGCCCUUAUAGGCCCAAUCUUUACUUUGGCGUCCGCCCGCGGGUGCCGAAGAGUCUGUUGAUGGGGCUGAUGUGGGCAAAGGUGGAUGAAUAUAGCAGCGCGCAGGGGAACUUUCGACACACCUGCGAGCAAAACGAGGGCAUGGCAGGUUACGGCUGGGACGAAUACGACAUCCGAAAGGGAGGCCGACAGACCAUCCACGAUGCGGGAAACACGCUUGAUCUCACCAUUGACUUUAUAAAAGUACCGGGUGGAAGCCGUGGUGGAAGUUGGGGGGCGCGUAUUAAAGGUCAACCGCGCCCUGAUGCUCCGCCAGAUCAACCGACAACCAUGAUAUUUUACGCGGCAAUGGAGGGGUUAGGCAAGCUGGGAGUGGCGAAUGAAGGAGAUCCGCUUGGAUUUAAGGAUAACGUGAAGCUGUCUGGAGGUACAAUGGAGCUUGGGGAAUUUACCAUUGAUAUCACGCGAGGCCCGGAUACCAACAGUCAUCCGCCAAAUACGCAUCCCAGUCAUGAUGUGAAGCCUCUGGAUAGGAGCUUUGUGGCGAGUCUUCAACUUCAGCCGGAUUUAUUAUGGCAAGCGAAAAGUAUCCUUUUUGCUCACAUGAAGCAGGAAGUCGAUCCGUUGAUUCGGAAAUACGGAACCGAGAAUCCUCCUCCUCCAAGUCGCUACUUUACUAUUGCCAAUGGCCCGGGACACGGAAACUUUCAUAUGGUACAAAAGGUCUUCCAGGGAGCGUUUGAGUUUGAUAUCCUCUUCUCAUCUGGUUCUGCCGGCCAACCAUUGACAUCCGAUGUCCUCAGCAAGGAAAUCGAAACCACUGCUCAAGCGUUCGAGGAUAAAUUUAAGGAGAUAUACUCCCCUAUGAAACCGUUUGACUCUCCCAAGUAUUUACCUUUUUCAAAGGCGAUGCUCUCCAACCUGGUUGGCGGUGUAGGAUACUUUUAUGGAGACUCGAUCGUUGACCGGUCCAAUGCCCCAGAGUACGAUGAGGAAGACGAAGGGUUCUGGGAAGGGACGGCUGAAGCGAGAGCGCGAGCAAAACUUUUGCCAAGCGAUCCUGCUGAACUUUUUACGAGUAUUCCAUCACGACCAUUCUUCCCUCGCGGGUUCCUUUGGGAUGAAGGUUUCCACCUGAUGCCGAUUGUUGACUGGGAUCUUGAUCUCGGCUUGCAAAUUGUAAAGAGCUGGUUUAACCUUAUGGACGACGAUGGCUGGAUUGCUCGUGAGCAAAUUCUAGGGCCCGAAGCUCGUUCUAAGGUGCCCCCGGAGUUCCAAGUCCAGUAUCCCCAUUAUGCCAAUCCCCCAACGUUGUUCAUGAUUCUAGAGGACUUGGUGGACAAAAUGGAGGCUGGAAUUUCCACAUCGGGUUCUGAUGCUGCUUCAGGAAUAUGCUCAAAGGAUUUAGAAGCUGCCAAAGCAUACUUGCGAUCCCUAUACCCUCUGCUCAAACGGCAAUACUUUUGGUUUCGAAAAACGCAGUGGGGAGAUAUCAAGUCUUAUGACCGUGAAGCAUUCUCGACAAAAGAAGCAUAUCGCUGGAGAGGUCGGACAGUUGAGCUUGUUCUCACUUCAGGGCUUGAUGACUACCCACGAGCACAACCUCCGCAUCCGGGAGAGCUUCAUGUCGAUUUGAUAAGUUGGAUGGGCUUGAUGACUCGAUCUCUGCGACGCAUUGCCGGGGCAUUGGGCGAAACCGAAGACGUGGAUGAGUUCGGCAAAUACGAGAACGCUAUUAAGAGAAACAUUGACGACCUCCAUUGGGACGAAGCCAAGAAGACAUACUGUGACGCCACAAUUGACGAGUUUGAGGAGAGCGUGCAUGUAUGUCAUAAGGGCUACAUAUCUCUAUUCCCAUUUCUGACGAGAAUGCUGGAGCCUGAUAGUCCUCGCCUUGGACAUAUUCUGGAUCUUAUCAGCGAUCCAGAGGAGCUAUGGAGUGAAUAUGGCAUUCGUAGCCUGAGCAAGAAGGAUGAGCUCUACGGAACUGGUGAAAAUUACUGGAAAAGCCCGAUCUGGAUAAACAUCAACUACUUGAUUUUGAAGAACCUUUUGGACCUUGCAACUGCCCCGGGCCCCUACCAGAAGCAAGCCAGUGAGAUGUAUACUAAAUUACGGAAGAAUGUGGUGGAUAAUGUGUUCAAUGAGUGGAAACGAACCGGAUUUGCGUGGGAGCAAUAUAACCCGGAAACCGGCCACGGCCAGCGGACGCAGCACUUCACCGGCUGGACCAGUCUGGUGGUGAAGAUGAUGGCCAUGCCUGAUCUUUCUGCAGGUUCUACUGAGGCAGUGCGUGAUGAAUUGUAAAGGCGCUUUUCAUAUUGUUCUGAAAAUAGAUGUUUAGUUAAAGGCCCUUU